AUGAUCGGCGCCCCAUGCGCGUCCCCCCUCCGCCGAGCCUCGACCGCCGCCCCGCCUGCCAUGCUCCUCCGGGUCGCGCUCUUUCUGCUGCACUGCUCGGCCUCCGCGCUGGGGGGCCAGUACGAACUGUGCAAGUCUCUGGUGAGCACAGACGACGGCUCCGUGUGGGAGCACUACGCCUGCCAGCCCCGGGCCGAGUCCAUGAAGGACUACAUGACAAUCAAGGUGGACCCGCCCGGCAUCACGUGCGGGAACCCGCCCGAGAAGUUCUGCACACUGGAGAACCCGUAUAUGUGCAGCGAUGAAUGCGACGCCUCCAAUCCAGACUUGGCACACCCGCCUCAACUGAUGCAAGACCGCGAACGCAACGGACUGCUGACCUACUGGCAGACGGUCACGUGGAGGCGCCACCCGGAGCCCCUACUGGCCAACAUCUCAAUGUCGUGGAACAAGAGUCUAGAGCUCACCGAUGAUAUUCACAUCACCUUCGAGUACGGCCGGCCGACGAUUAUGGUCUUGGACAAAUCUAUGGACCACGGCCGCUCCUGGCAGCCGUUUCAGUACUACGCCGAUGACUGCCUGGACACCUUUAACAUGCCGGCGAAGCGUGUGCGGGACCUCACGCCGGCCAAUAUCACUCGCGUUAUCUGCACCGAGCAGUACUCGCGCUGGGUGGGCUCCAAGAGCCACAAGAAUGUCACGUUGGAGGUACGAGCACGAUUCGCCGUCUUUGCCGGCCCUCGGCUGCACAACAUGGACGGCCUGUACACGCGCAUGGAGAGCAUGAAGGGACUGAGGGACUUCUUCACCUUCACCAACCUCAGGCUGAGGCUCCUCAGGCCCGCCCUGGGAGGCACGUAUGUGCAGCGGGACAACCUGCACAAGUACUUCUACGCCAUCUCCAACAUCGAGGUGCCUGCCAGGUGCAAGUGUAACCUCCACGCCUCCCAGUGCCUGCUGCAGGAUGGCAAUCUGCAGUGCCUGUGUGAGCACAACACCACGGGUCAGGAUUGUCAGCGCUGCAAGAAGGGCUUCAAGGCCAAGUCCUGGAAGGCCGGAUCCUACCUGCCCACGCCCAACGGAACCCCCAACACCUGUACCAUUGCUGGUUCGCCCUCCGGUUCUAACUGUGAAUGCUACGGUCACUCCAACCGCUGCAGCUACCUCGAGUUCCUGAAAAUUGUCACGUGCGUCAGCUGCAAGCACAACACCAGGGGCCAGAACUGCCAACACUGCAGACUGGGAUACUUCCGCAACGCCUCUGCCGAGCUGGACGACGAGAGCGUCUGCAUCGAGUGUAACUGCAACCAGAUGGGUUCAGUCCACGACCGUUGCAAUGGCACAGGCUUCUGCCAGUGCAAAGACGGCGCCACCGGAGCCAAGUGUGACGAGUGUCUGCCGGGCUACUACUGGAAACAAGGCUGUUACCCCAACGUUUGCGACGAGGAGAUGCUCCUGUGCCAGAACGGUGGGACGUGUUACCAGAACCAGAAGUGCGCCUGUGCCCCCGACUUUAAGGGGGUGUUGUGCCAACAGUCGCGCUGCGAAGCGGGAAAGGACUGCAACGGUGCCACUGCGUGGUGCCCCUCCGCUGCCACCCUACUGCUUUGCACUCUGCUGACCCGCCUGUUGGCCACGCUGCCGCACCACUGA